GCAUCAUUAGCCAAGAUCAUGCGUACAAAUUGCUACAUUACUGCCUAAGGAAACACUUUGGACCAAAUUUCUUCUCCUAUCUACUUCCCUACACCCUCCAUGCUCAAUCAUUAACCACACCAGAGUAGGCCACAGCCUCUGUUCCAACUUCCAUCUAACCCACUUGUCUUCUUAAGCAGCAACAAUAACCAUUAGGACAAGGACAAGAACAAGAAAAAAACAUUCAUAUCCCAAGAGAUCAUGGCACUUCAACAACACAUUGCAGCUUUUUACCUGACCUUGUGGCUGCUUCUUCACUUGUCUCAGUCUUCUGCUCACAUUGAAAGAGCAAGCCAACCUUACAUGACUUCAGAUGCAACUGAGAUAGCAGGAAAGUCCUACGACUACAUCGUGGUAGGCGGAGGCACUGCAGGCUGCCCCCUGGCUGCAACCCUCUCCGAGAAGUACUCAGUGCUCGUCGUGGAACGUGGUGGCUCGCCAUAUGGCAACCCGUGGAUAACCGAGAAGCUCUUCUACGGCUUCUCGCUGCUCCAAACCGAUGAGCUCACAUCAGUUGCUCAGGCAUUCGUGACCGAAGAUGGAGUUCAAUGCCACAGGGGAAGGGUGCUGGGAGGUUCGACGGCUAUCAAUGGAGGGUUCUACAGUAGGGCCAGUGGUGAUUUCGUGAGAAGAGUGGGUUGGGAUGAAGAGAUGGUGAAGGAAGCUUAUGAAUGGGUGGAAUCUGAAGUUGUUUCGAAACCGGAGCUGACCAUGUGGCAGGCUGUUGUCGAGUUCGGACUGCUUGAAGCUGGGAUUCUUCCUUACAAUGGGUUCACCUGGGAGCACGUUGAAGGAACGAAGAUCAGCGGGUCCACGUUCGAUGCUUGGGGGAAAAGGCAUACCUCUGCAGAUCUUCUGCAGAUGGGGAACCCAGAAAACAUCACGGUUCUGUUGAAUGCAACUGUAAAGAGCAUCAUAUUCAACAGCAGUGGAGAUGGAAACAAGACAAUUGCUCGCGGUAUUACAUUCAUAAGUAGCAGUGGCGACGGGAACCAAACUUAUGAUUAUGAAGCUUAUCUCAACCACCAUGGCGGCGAUGUGAUAUUGUCAGCUGGAGCUUUAGGCAGCCCACAGAUCCUUCUGCUGAGCGGCAUUGGACCCGAAACCCAUCUCAGCCAACUCGGCAUCCCAGUCGUGUUGAACUCGAGCCAGGUUGGCCACGGAAUGAAAGACAACCCUGGAAUCGCACUCCUGGUCGACUCCAAACCAGAAAGCCGAUUCCCCGACGCACCACAAGUUGCUGGUAUAACAAAAGGAUUCGAAUUCAUAGUCGAAGGCGGGAUCUUGCCAGUGAGCUUCAACACAACAAGGAUCCCCGUAGCAGUGAAGCUAGCAUUCCCAGAAUCCAAAGGCAAGCUGGAACUGAACACCACAGACCCGAGAAGAAACCCUGUGGUGUCAUUCAAUUACCUGAAGAAGGACAGAGACAUGGAUCAAUGUGUGAAGAUGGCUCAGUUGCUGAAAAGGGUUGCUGGGUCGCCUUCUGUGGAGAUUUUCCUUGGCUACGUACCUCAGAACAAGAACUUCUUCUUGUCGAGUUCUGAUGAGGAGAUGAGAGAGUUCUGCAGGAAGAAUGUGAGGACCUUUUACCAUUACCAUGGCGGGUGUGGUGUUGGAUCGGUUGUUGAUGAGGAUUACAGAGUGUAUGGAGUUGAUGGGUUGAGAGUCGUAGAUGGAUCGACAUUUCUGGAGUCGCCUGGGACUAAUCCCAUGGCUACUCUCUUGAUGCUUGGUAGAUAUCAGGGGGUCAAGAUUCUCAGAGAAAGGGGAGAGUUAGCCUACUGAAAUUCUAAUAUGAUCAAUGUGUGUUUCAGCUCAAUUUCAUAAAUAACCCAACUAUCCAUCCAGUAUAUAUAUAUUCAUAGAAAGAGAAAAGAAUUAAGAAGAAAGAAGA